AUGGGUCAGUUCAGCGCAAGAAAGUCUGCGGGUAAUCAGAAGAAGCACAGAUGUCGAGUCUGCGAGAAGCGUUUCGUCAGACCGAGUGCGUUGCAAAUACAUAUUUACAGCCACACUAGUGAGAAGCCAUUUAAAUGCGAGGUUGAAGACUGUGGAAAAUACUUCUCUGUUGUUUCGAAUUUGCGUCGGCAUGGAAGGAUGCAUCAAAGUCAAGGCAUUCGGCAGCUUCCAAGAAGUAGAUCCGCUAGGGAGCUCAAGGAGAUUUAG